GCGCUGGGAGCUCGGCAAUUUCAAAUUUCAGUUUGCCUUCGACUUGUAGAGAUAAUACGUACGUCAGUCGCGACAAGAAUUCUCGAAAAUGAUCGUAUAGCCUUGUAGUGCGUCUGGUAUUUCUUGUUUUACGCGGUCACAACAUUGGAUUUUCACUUCGAUGUCAUGGAAUCUAAGUGCGCGUUAUUAGUUUAUUUACUUGGUUUAGGAUGUAUUUCACAUGGUUUUUCCAUAAAACCCAAAAUUCUAGAAAGACCUGAAACCACAGAAGAUAUUAUUAUCGACACGGGGAGUAACUACAAUUUGACAUGUCAAGGGAAUAGGCCGCUGCAAUGGACUUAUCCACAUAUGAACAACGCGGCCAAAAUACAAGAAAGCGGGACAAUUAUUAAUAUAAUCACGUCCACAGUUCCCCAGAACGACGUGUAUUUUUACCGCUCCUUUCUGGACAUUUCCAACAUGUCAUAUAUGAUGGUUGGAUAUUACACUUGCUCCUAUGAAGAUGAGGAAUACAGCGAUAGCGAUCAGAUAUACUUAUACGUAAAUGAUCCCAAUCAUCUGUCGGUAGAUGACAGUAACUAUAUAACACACUAUGCUGUCCAGUAUACAGAAACCGUAAUUCCAUGUAAACCCACAGCACCUGAUGUCAGCGUGAAUCUAACAAACGGCGACAAGCACCUAAAGAGCGGAUCGUUUGAUCCUCGAAGGGGUUUCGUUGUGAGUGACGUCGACGAAAUGGAGAUACUAAUAUGCUUGUUCUUUAGGGGGACUAAAUCGGAGCGAAAUGUCGUACUGCUCAGCAUAGAGCCACCGAGAACAUCCUUGGCCAAACCAUACAUCGAAGAUGUGUCUAAAAACCACACAGAAGUUGGUGAUACUUUGAUGAUAAAGUGUUAUUUGAAAGAAAAAGCAGUGAGAAAUCUAUUUUUUAAAUGGGAUACACCGGAUAGAAGAGAUUUUCCAUCUGGACAGGUGCGCAAAGAGAAUAUGGAUGGCGCAAAUUAUCUGGUUCAAACUCUGACACUUCCAAAUGCAAGCACUAGAGAUUCAGGAUGGUACUCGUGUACUGUAACCGACAAGCAAAACAACAUGAACACGAAUAGGACAUACAUCCAUGUUCAAGAGAAGAAUGUGUGUUUUAUUGAUAUUAUUGAGCAAAAUGACCAAAGAAACAUAUCUGUAUACCGAGGUGAAGAUGUACAGUGGGUUGUCAAAGUUAAUGCCCAUCCAAUACCAACACUUCACUGGUACGAUGUUAGAAAUAGAGAAAUAAAGAACAAUACUCAGUAUGUGAUAUCAUAUCUGCACGAUUCAAUUUUGUUCAAAAUCCAAAACGCAUCGCUAGAAAAUGACGGGGUGUAUAAAAUUGUUGGUACCAGUUCGAAAAAUGAUUAUGGAAACGAAUGUUCCCAAACUUCAGAAUUACAACUUAUAUUGAAUGUCGAAAGUGCACCUUCUGUCAUCUUCAAAAGCCAAAAUGUCUUUCUUCAAAACGAACCUGCUGUUUUUAACUGCACUGGUAUUGGUAACCCCAUUCCGAAAAUUACGUGGAUCUACAAAAAAUGCCAUAGGUGUCAAGAAGAAACAAUAGAUUACCAGGUUGAUAAGGUUUUCUGGGGAUUCAGAAAAUUCUCCUCGAUAACUAUUUUGCCUGUAGAUGGAGCUUCGGUAACUUGUUCGGCAGAUAAUUCUAACGGAUCUCAAGAAGAAAGUGUUCAAAUUUAUACAUCAGAUAUCAAAGACGGGUUCCACAUAUACAAUUACGACGAUAGCUCCAUAAUAAACGAAAACGACGAAUUCACACAAGUAAUCGUUGCCACGAACUAUCCUCUCAAAUUUACUUGUGCCGUUUCACCGAAAAAAUCUACGGAUGUGCAAAUUUAUCAUGACGACAAUAUUUUAACUCCAGACGAGAAGUAUAAUGUAUCUGUGCUACAGGAAGAUAUGUCCACGAAAAUCACAGUAUUCUUGCCACAAUCCUCUGAAAAUGAUGGCGGAUUAUAUAGUUGUCAAAUAAGAAACAAAGCCGGGAAAAUGGAGUACAAAAACGUGACGUUUGCAGUUAAAGAUCCGGAACAGCCAAGAAUUAUAGAUACAAACGUUAAUGAUAUCAUAAACAUUACAUUUCCUGGCAAGCCUCAUCAGUUGUAUUGUAAUUACACAGGAAUACCAAAAGUUUCAGUUGAGUGGUACAAUGGAACCAAUGCGAUACAUGAGACCGAAAGAGUAAUAUUUGAAGAAAAUAUGAGUGUUUUAAGAUUUCUUUCUACCGAAGUGACAGACGAGAACCAGUACACAUGCAAAAUCUCCAACGAUUUGGGUGUAGACUCCAGAGUAGGAAUGCUUGUGUUUGAUAUGAAACCCACAUCACUUACCGUUUAUUAUUACAUCAUCGGAAUAGUCCUAGUUUGCCUCCUCAUCGCUAUUAUUUACAUUAUUUUCAGGAUAAAGAAAGAUAAGGAACUAAAAAGGAAACUGAAGAGCUUAGGUUUGGAGAACUUCCACAAAGGCAAUCCUGAACAACUUAAUCCUGAAAUUGGUAUUGGAGAUCAAGCAGAACUGUUGCCCUACGACAAAAAAUGGGAAGUGUCAUUUGAUCAAUUGAAAUUGGGUAAACAAUUAGGGUCAGGGGCUUUCGGUGUAGUCGUGAAAGCCGAAGCGAAAAAAUUAAUACCGGGAGAAGAAAAGUCAAUCGUAGCCGUGAAAAUGGUGAAGAAGAAUGCCGACGAAACAUACAUCCGAGCUCUGGCUUCGGAAUUGAAGAUAAUGGUCCACUUGGGAAAGCACGUCAAUGUGGUCAAUUUACUGGGGGCGUGUACAAAGAAUGUUGCAAAUAAGGAACUACUUGUAAUUGUUGAGUUUUGCCGAUACGGAAAUUUGCAGAACUAUCUUUUCAAACACCGCGAAUCCUUCAUCAACCAAGUCGAUCAUACCACUGGAAAAGUUGAUUACAACAUAGGCUCCCAUGUUUUGGACAGAAUGUACUCGAUAUCUAGUGAUAAUGGAAGCACAAUAACUACACCGUAUUCUAUGCAAGACUACAGAGAGAAAGAAAGAAAUGGAGCAUUAAACUCAGCAACUACGCAAGUUACAUCUUUAGGAGAGGACCAAGUAACUUUGAGCAACAACAGUAUCCAACCGGAAUGGAGAACCAACUACAGAGGAGAUUACAGGGGCAACGUAAAGCCAGUCUGCACCAAAGACUUGCUGACUUGGUCGUUCCAGAUAGCGCGUGGUAUGGAGUACUUGGCUUCCAGGAAAGUGAUGCACGGCGACUUGGCAGCCAGAAACAUUUUGCUAGCGGACAACAACAUUGUGAAAAUAUGCGACUUUGGCUUGGCCAAGACAAUGUACAAAGACAAUAAUUACAAGAAGAAAGGAAAUAGUCCAUUACCACUGAAAUGGAUGGCUAUUGAAUCCAUUAGGGAUAGAGUGUUCUCCACUCAGUCUGACGUAUGGUCUUUCGGAGUAGUGCUAUGGGAAUUAUUUUCUCUAGCCAGAACACCGUAUCCAGGUAUGGAAGCUGACGAACGGCUAUAUCAUAAGCUUGUGGAGGGAUAUAGAAUGGAACCUCCUAUGUACGCUCCUAGAGAAAUGUACAGCAUGAUGGAGGACUGCUGGCAAUCUAAGCCUCUUGCAAGGCCAACUUUCACAGCAUUAACAGAAAGAAUUGGUUAUCUUCUGGAAGAAAGUGUCCGAAAGCACUACGUGGACCUGAACGACCCUUACCUAGCCAUGAACACCCACCAAUUAGAAGACACCGACUACCUGGCCAUGCUUAGCCCGCCAUCUUUCGACCAGCUGUCAGCGCCCUCGCCACACUACGUCAACGAGGGACAAGCCUUCCCCAUACAAGGUACGGCGGCAGGAGCUCGAUCUCCCGAGGGCUACACCUUCAUGGGAGCCAAUAACAUAUUCAGUCCUAGACUGCUGCAGGACGAGGUGUUUAGUUUUAGUUUGGGCAAGAAGCAGGCAGAAGAGUCACGGAGAGAGAGCCAAGAACUACACCCCAUGUUGCAUUCCAACAACGAAUCAGAUAGCGAAUCUGGUUAUUUGAAACCAAUCACACCCAUAAACAGCAUAUCCAACCCCAUGUACCAUUUACCCCCACAAAACCUACAUCACAACGGUCUGUCUUCUUAUGACAGGAAAGAACCACUUAAAACGCCAGAUAACUACAUCAACAUGCCACAGUACAAGAACAUAGUGGCUAAAAACGGUAGUGAGAGAUCACCUAUACCAAUGGAUGUGAUCAGGAACAAUGACAGUGUGCAAUACGUCAACAGUGAUGCACAAUUAUGGGAUUCAGUAGAUGUCUGAAUGAUUUGAAUGUAAAUUUACGUGAAUUUAGUACAAAGUGCCAUUAAUUUUUUCUGUUUUUUAGAAAAAAAAAAUUGUGAUACGACAAUCAAAGGCCAUGUAAGAUACAAUAAUUAUGUAUAGUAUUCAGAGAUAGGUUUGAAAAAGUAUAGUCCGUUUUCUUUCAGAGUUUAUUCUAAUUAUUAUUUUACAAAUUUUCUUGGGAUUAAUUGUUGUAAAAUAUCUGACGCUUUGGUGCAAUACUUUCUCAUACAUUUCCUUUUAGUUUGACUAAAAUGAUGUUAUAUUUUUUU